ACGCGUAGUAGCCAUCAUCAAUGACGACAGAUUGAUGUUGUGUGUUGAUUAGUUAUCAUUUGAAUAAAAAUUUUGUUUCAAGACAUUUUUAAUAUUUUAUAUGGAGAUAUCUUAAAAUUUAGUAAAUGCAAAGUAUGUUUUACGUUCACAAAGUAAUCUUUGUUUCUUCACUUUUAUCAAAAGUGGUAGAUCUGUAUUUGUUAGCUGAAUGCGGAGAACUCAAUGUAAUCUACCGAUGUCAUGAAAACCACAUCGAUGCAGAGCUAAAACUUCUCCCAAUUAUUUCCAUACAACAAAACGGUUCUCACAGAUGGCAUCGUUACUUAAAACAAGAACAAGGUCCGGAAGAAGUUAUUUCUGAAGGAGACCCAAAGUACGAGGAGAAUAAUUUCACACUCACGAUCCAUGACUUCGCUGAUUCUGACAACGGGACGUAUACCAGGGACUGCACUAUUAACGGAAAUCUCUCACGCAGCGAUGUCGAAGUACAAACUAAUAUAGAGUGUGCUCCAACAACUGCGGAAGAGAAAACCGUUGUAACUACACCAACGUCUGAAACGGGGAUAGGACAUGCUGUGCAAACGUCACCAACCACUGUGUUGUUAAGCGAAACUGUCAUCGUGGUUACUGCUGUGUGCUCAGUGAUUAUUGUCGUAGUAAUUGCUGGAACCAUUCUUCUUGUUAUACGCAAAAGGGCAUCUACAAAUGCAGGUGCGUCAGGUUUAUCACGUGACGGAGGCGGUCUAGCUGUAAACUUCCAAGAAGAGAAGGAACAAAGCGACAUUUACAAUGAAAUCGACCUGGACAACAGGAAGCGAGAUAGAUGUGGUUUCAACAGUUCUAAACUAACUCUUUUGACUUUACAAAACUCUCCAGCACUCCCAAAACGUCCUCCCAACAAUGCAAAGCGCAUUAUAAAGGACAUUGAGAGUGAAUACGAUGUGAUUAUGGAUGGAACAAAUAAUAAAAAAGACGAUAAUACUAUGAAAGUGUCAUCCAAAGAAAUCAAACAUGCCGCAAAUGAUGAGGGAUAUGCCACAAUUCGUCAAGAAGAGAAGAGUUUCAAAGAUGGCAAAAAGUGUAAAGUUUUUAACAAUAACAACAUACCAGAGUAUUCGCAAGUAUUGAAACGUCCAGAGUACGCUACUGUUCACAAACAUCAACUUCCUGGUAACACUGCUGAACAGUCUGAAAAUUCAAAGGACAAUAAAACUUAUAUCAGUGAUUAUAAUGUUGUCUUCCCUGCUAUUGAAUACACCAAUGUUGUUAAAUGUCUUGACAAUAACGAGCAGUCAAGCGAUAUGACAACGUUGGAAGAACCAGCGAAAUAUUGUAACAUUGGGCCAAACAGAAGAAGUCAGGCCAGGGCAAGUCGUAAAAGCCUACAUUAUGCAGUACUUGACCAUACAGACUGCGAGGCAAACCUGAAUGAACUAAACUGUGGACCGUACGAUCUUCCAAGCUUUGUAAAACUCGUCACAUGUCAGUAUGCCUCUAUAGACUUCGACAAAAAAGCGUUCGUUGCUCCAAUCAGGAAAGCACCGUCUUCAUGGUACAAACGUAAAAAUAAGCAGAAGAAGAACAUAUAAAAUUUGAAGAUCACAGGACUGAUAGAAAAAUCUCAAAAUUAGCCAGAUGUUAUCUGAUUGUACCACAUCUGAUUGUACAACUAUUGUGUUACCAACGUCACAAUACGCAAGACAAACCACAUAGACCUUCUCGGAACACAAAACUAAAUAGCAGACUUUCAAAAAAUUGAUACAGCACUGAUUGAUAAGUAAUCGUAGCACAAACAUAGCAAUAAAUAACAACCACGCAUGGACUAUGUACAAACACGUGUUCAACGGGUAUUUCUCAAACUAUUAGGGAGCGAUGGUGUAGUGGAUAAUGUGUCGGUCGCUUAACCCAGAGGUCGUGGAUUCGAGCCCAACUUGGGUUACGACCAUGACUUCUCAUAUGACACCAGUACUGGUUUUUCCAGGAAGCAGACUCGAGAGUGGUUACAAUAAGCUUAAAGCUUUCAUCACAAUCGAGCAAAAACAAAUUAGUAUAAACUAAACUAUUCAAAUGGCUGAUGAAUAAGACAGUUAUUUUUGUACAAAACUUUCAAAACAGAAGGACACAUUGACCUUAUAGGGACACAGGGCAAAUGAUUUUGUCUUAACGCGGUGAAAAAAUCAUAUCAGUGUAAAACCAUUGCACAGGCGUAAUAAUAAGCAGACGUAAUUCGCAUAGAUUUUAUAAGAACAUAGCAAUUGUAUGUACCGACAUUUUGCUAUAAGUACUAGAAGAGAUCACCAUAUUCUUUUAGUAACUUAUAAUGAUAUCUCUACAAUUAAAACUAAACAGCUUGCUGCCCGUGCAAUGAAAGCGCAUCAAGUGUAGAUGAUGUGACGGGCAAUUGAAAGUACACAUAUCAUGGAUGCACUUUAUACAAAAAUUUCAGAAUUCAAAUUAGAUCAAAACGAUAGUUUUAUCCGAAUCAGGAAAGCAAUGUCUCUCCUGUACACAUGUUAAAACAAACAUUUUUAUCAUAUUACUUUUAUGGUAACAUGUAACUCCUCCCGAGAUCACCUCAUGGAUCUUUAGCCAGAAGUUAUGCUGCUGUUGUCUCAGAUACAUGAUCUGUAAAAACGAAGAUUUAAAUCACAUGUUAUUAAAGUCUGAAUAAAACACGUUACUGUUAAGCUGUUUAAGUUAUACUUAAUUAUUUAAAAUGUGCCUCUAUGAUAUCUGAAAUCUGUUGAUAAUAUUUUCUGUUUUAAUAAUAAAAGUUUGAUUACUUUGA